GUUUUGUCGAGCAACAACUAUUCGAUAAGCUUUAUCCAGGAUGAAAUCGAGAAGUAUACUACCCUCAGCUACAGGUCUCCAGAAAUGAUCGAUCUUUACUGCGGCAAACCAAUAGGGACCAAGUCGGACACUUGGGCAAUGGGAGUGAUGCUUUACAAACUUUGCUAUUUCUCCCUUCCUUUCGGAGAAUCAGCUAUGGCCAUUCAAAACGGAGCUUUUUCUUUUCCCAAUGAACCCAGUCAUCCGGACUCAAUAAAAGCUAUCAUAAAUCUAGAAAAGCGACCCACUAUCUACCAAUGCUCCGUGUUGGCGUUUACUGCAGCAGAGCGAGCUUGCCCUGUUCGUAAUGCGAGAGGUUGUCGCAAGCCGUCGCUCUCCGCUACAAUUCGGUGUUUCCAGUCUGGAGUAGUGUCAAUGUUUGAUAAAGAGCUUGAGGAUCAGGUCGAUCAUGUUAGUCCUCCAGAACCACAAGUUGGCAGUGAGUUAUCGUAA